CUUCAAGGUAUAAAUCGCAGUGAAUGAGAGACCGAGCGUGUGUACUACCCUCGGUCCCACUUUUGCGACAAACAGAACGAUGCCGGCCAGCGACUCGCAGACGACCACUCAAAGCACCUUGCCCUCGAUCGUUCCGGAUCUUCCGGCCUCGUUGGUGAUCAUGGUCAUCUACUUUUGCUUUGGCCUUGGCAUGAUCGUCCGCUUCCGACAGUCGCACCUGAAAUUUCGAGUGCAGAUCAUGCUGAUCAGCUUGUGCAUGUCGAGGACAGUGGCGCUUGCCCUUCGUUCGUCGUGGGCUGUGCAUCCGCUCAAUACCAACCUGGCCAUUGCGGCCACGGUUCUCGUAAACGCCGGUGUGAUCUUGCUGGUCGCCGCUAACAUGCAGCUGCUGAUCCGCUUGGUGAAAGGCCGACGUCCAGAGCUGCAGAAGUCGACGGUCUUCGUGCGAGCAACGACAGCGGUACAAUUGUUCAUCAUCGUCGUCCUCAUCAUGACCAUCGUUCCCGUCAUUUUCAACAUUCUCACCACGAACCUGGUCAUCAAGCAGCGCACCGGCAUUGUCAUCAAGAUCUCCUCCACGUAUCUUGCCAUCUACGCCAGCUUGCCCUUUGUACUGGUGCCGAUCAUUCUGGCUCUGGUCAAACGGUCGCCAAAGUCGAUCGUCAUUCGUGAGCCUUACAAAGCCGGCCUGAUCAUGUGGACCUCGGCGCUUGUGGGUGUCGAGCUAAGCCUUAAAUGUGCUAGCAACUACGGCGUCGCCUCCCUCACCAGCUGGUACUCGACGCGGGCCUCCUUUUACGUGUCCACACCCAUGCUUGAGCUGCUCUGCAUCUUGCCCCUCUUCUUGAUCAACCUUCCACAUGCAUUCGGAGACAGCAACGCCUCCGUCUUGUCCAUGCUCAACAAGGACGACAGCGAUGACAAGUAUGAUGAAGAAUUGCACGCGGCCCUUCGACAGACGACUACAACAUGGAGAGAAGGAAUCUGGCAAGACAUUCGCCCCCGUGGCUCCAUCGACGAGAAGUCUACGCCUUAUCAAAGUCCUGAUGGAUCCCCGUGAAAGUAUCUGUCGGAAGACCCCUGCAGAGCUGGAUAGUAGCCCAGCUCGUUGCUUGCGGCGGGG